CGCUUAUCAUUCCACCCCUUUCUCCCGAUCGAUCUCUCUUCAAAAUUAAAAUAAAAACAAAAAAAUGGACCGGAAAAACGCUCUUCUUCUCGCGCUUAUAUGCGUCAUUGUAGCCGCCGUCGGUGGUCAAUCUCCCGCCGCUUCCCCGACGCUAGCUCCGCCGUCAUCUGUGAUCACUACUCCUGCGGCUUCACCUUCCAAGCCUAUUACUCCUGCUCCUGCCACAACACCAGUUGCCGCUCCGGUUGCAGCUCCACCGACGGUCGCUAUUCCUCCACCGGUGAGCUCUCCACCUGCUGCAGUGCCAGUUAGUGCUCCGCCUCCAGUGGUUGAAUCUCCACCUCCAGUAGUUGAAUCUCCUCCAGUUCCGGAACCAACGGCUGCUCCAGUUGAGGCUCCGGUUGCCGAAGUUCCUGCUCCUGCACCUACCAAGAAGAAGACCAAAAAGCAUACUGCAUCGUCUCCGGCGCCUUCACCGGAUAUGAUGGGACCACCUGCUCCUCCUAGUGAAGCUCCUGGACCUAGCGACGCUCUGUCCCCCGGUCCUUCUUCCGCCAUUGCCGACGACAGUGGAGCAGAGAGAUUAAAGGGUGUGCAGAUGGUGGUCGGGAGCUUGGUGUUGGGGUGGACUGUUUUCAGCUGGCUCUAGGCCCUAAUGUAUCCAUUUUUUCCUCAUUUUAUUUAUUUUAUUUUAUUGUAUGAUCUGAUCUCCUUUUUUAUUUUUAUUAAUUUAUAUGUUGUUUAAUACCAUUUAUUUAUAAAUAAAUAAUUCACUGUUA